AUGAGGGCACAAACUGGGAAGAGCAGGUUCCUGUAUGAGAAGUGUACCAAGAGACAGUCAACCAUUGAUGUCCUGGAAGGCCAUAGCUGUAGUUCAGGUGGGAUUACGACACCUGUGCCAGCAUCAUCGAGUGAGGAUUCAAAAGCAGCACAAGUAUUUGCGAUAGAACCAGACUGGCACGAGGCGGCACAAGAUCCAGUGCUUCUCGUCAGGUGUAAAAAAACAACGGGCGAGCUUGUGAAGAACCGCUUUGGCUCAGGCUCUCGUGGGAAGUGCAUUAGGGUAGGGAAACUGUGGUUCACACCCACAGAGUUUGAAGCCCACUGUGGGAGGUCUGCAAGCAAGGACUGGAAAAGAAGCAUCAGAUUUCAGGGUCAGAGCCUUCUCACCUUGAUAGAGGAAGGAUAUCUCCAGGUUCACGCUACUUCUUGCUCUUGUGGAGCAUGCUUAGACGGUGAUGCUGCGGCUGGAGCAGUUCGUCUUCACCGUCCAUAUAGAAGGAAAAAGAGAGAUAAGUUUAUGAUCGACACAGAAGUUGCUGCAAAGGUUUUGAAGAGAACGUUGUCGGAUGACCCAGGAUCUUCCACACCAACAGUGACUUUACCAGUGUCUGGAUUAGGGGAACUUACUGUGGUACCAGGUAUUGUUCUUGGAGGAGGGACUCCAACCACUGCAGUACCUACCACACCCCAGGGGGCAACUGCUGCCCCUUCUUCAACUGGCAGCCCUUGUCCAGUUAGCCUUUCAAACCUGCCUUUGGACAAAGCUUGGGAUCGUAUGAAUGAGGUUUUAUUAGGUUUAGAGAGAAGUGUGUCAGGAGCUCGUGCUUUACUUGAAGAAUUAAAAGAUAGAACGGAACAAGAGACUUUGGAACUUCGAAGGAAACUUUUACAGGAGAAGGAUGAAGCAGUCGCACAAGCAAAAUUAGAAGCUCAAUUAUCAAACAUGACUAAGCCAUCAGAAGGAUUCCUGGUUCAAGUGAGGGAUGAUGAUGGGAAUCAGUCAUUGCAACCCAUAAUGCUAGAUUCUUUGAUAUCCAAUGUUCCUACAUUAAAGCCGGCACCACCUAUUAAUGGGGUCAAGAAAAAGUGUGUCAACUGUAAUCGGGAGAGUGAACUGGAAUGCUCUGGCUGCCACAACAGAGCUUAUUGCAGCGACUUUUGCCAGAGACGAGACUGGGCCAACCACCAGUCAGAGUGUGGUCGAACUAGUCCAUCUCCUGGAGAUCCUCUGAGCACUGUAACCCAAGUUCCUGGAUAUAUAUUUAUGCUUUCUGACUAGAAUCUAAAAGUGUAAUGAAAAUUGGCAUCUAAAGACUUAUUUGUGUUCAUAAAUGUACGGAAUUUUGAUAAUGUCCUUCAAAGGCUAAACCUGAGGCUUUGUGAUACUGUAUAUAUUAGCAAAAGAUAUUAAUUUGUGCACUAUAUCCUAUCAGUAUUUUUAAUGUGCAGGUAUAUUUCAUAAAAAAAACAAGGAAGGACUCAUUAUUAACUUAAAAAACAUAAAGUUACCUUAGACUGAUUUCUUCAGUGUGAUAUAUCCUAUUAGUAUAGAAUUAUAUAAUAUAUAUUUUUUAAUUUAUUCUGUGAACUUCACAUAUGUAAGUAAUUUAUUGAGUUAAAGUGAUCAACAACAAAGGAACUGUUGGAUAUUUUGCUAGUCUUAGAUAUUACCUAACAAAGUCGUGAUACAAAUUACUUGUUAGACCAUUAAUCACUUAAAGCCUUUUGGAAUAACAUUUUCAUUAAGCAAUUUUGCCUGUUUGAUUCAAAACCAAGUUUACUAUAGAACAAUUUACUCCCGUUUCAGACUUUUAUGGUUCUCAUUUAUAAUAAGCAACUGUUCAUACAUGAUAUACAACUGGUUAUGUGAUAUGGUUAAUUUUAGUUCUUAGGUUUAAUACACAAGUUUUAUCACAGCUUUAGAGUUUAUGACUUGUUGUUUAUACCCAUCAUUUCAGCAUGGAUAUUAGUUUCUUCAUCAUCUUGCAAAUUACUUUUUCUCUUAAGGAAGAUGUAGCAUAUGUGAUACAUCCGUCUCAUCAUUAACUGUCUAAGCACACUUGAAAUAGUACAAACUGAUUUCUUAAAAGUGUAUAGAAAACUACCAUUAUGGUUAUUCAUAUUACAAGUACACACUGCGGUCACGGUCAAUGUUCCUCUUGUCUUUUAAUCAGCUGCUAAAGCAUUAUUUAAUGGCAAAAUUUAAAACUUCAUUGGUUAAUCGUUCAUUGUUAAUAUGUAAAUGCCACCACUUCAUUUGACUUUCUUUAUUGUAUGGUUAGCAGAGCAUCUGCUCUUCUGUACAAUAAAAAUAAAGAACAAGGAAUAGCCAUGAAUCAGCAUGAAUCUGAAUUAAGGCACAAGUUAGCAUUGCUAUAGCUCAUUGUAACAGAAAUGAUUCCUUAUACUUAUAAAACUAUUUUGAUGAACUUGACAUCAUGUGAGCAUUCUCACUGAAGUACAAUGUAACCAUUUAGCAAGAGCAUCAGGUAUUAGCAGAGCUUCCUUUCAAUGUCUGUCUUUUCAUUUGCAUUUUUUUCCUUUUGAAUAUUAAUCUUGGAUUAUUUAUUUGAAAAUACUUAAUAGGAAGUUGCACUGACAGUUUAUAAUUAUCAUAAAUAUUUGGUUAAAAAAAGUGUAAAUGAGAGUAAAUAAUUUCACAAAGCAAGGGAUGUAAGAGACAUUUUUCAACGUUUUAUCUUCCUUCAUAAUUUCUCGUCAUUUACAGUUUCUGAAGAAGAACAAACCAAAAUGCAUGAAUUGUGUAUCUUGCUUUUUGAAGUUAUUUAGUCCCAUUCAUAUAUUUUCACCAUUUGUUUACAAUGAUCUCUGUUCUGUGUGAUUAUUAUAUUUCAUAUAAUUCAUAUAUGGAAUUACAGGGAGGCAAAGGAAAUAAAAUGUAUUUCUGCUAAUGAAAUUUUUCUUCAUUCUGUAAUAUAAUCUUGCACUAUACACUUAAAUCUCUGGCUUUAUUCAAACAAAACAAAUGUAUUUUACUUAUUUUAUGUUUUUAUUUUUCUCUUGCUGCUCAAAGUAAGAUUCCGUAGGUCAGUAUAUAUAUAAAAAA